AUGGCUCCCUUGGAUCACCCCCAGCUCCCUGCUGAGCAGCCAGGGACAAACGCGACCACGAGCGUAUUAUCAGACCGCGAGAAACAGCCAAAUUCAACAUCAGUCCUCGGUUCUCCUCUAGAAUCAUCAGGGUCCAGGGAAGACAGCACGACCACGGGCCAAGAUAAGGACAUAGAGACUACAGAGACUUACCCCCAGGGUGCCAAACUGUUCUUCAUUAUCCUCGCCAUUAUUCUCAGCAUCUUCCUCGCCUCUCUAGACCUUACCAUCGUUGCAACAGCAAUCCCUAAAAUCACAGAUGAGUUUCGUGGCCUUGAUAAGGUAUCAUGGUACGGAUCUGCAUUUUUCAUGACCAACGGUGGCUUCCAGUCAUCUUGGGGCAAGGCCUACAAAUACUUCUCACUCAAGUCCACGUUUCUUGCCUCCGUCGGCGUUUUCGAGGUAGGCAGCUUGGUGUGCGCUCUAGCACCAAACUCCACGACCCUUAUUGUCGGCCGUGCUAUCACCGGCCUAGGCGCCGCAGGAAUCGGGACUGGUGCAUACACUAUCAUCGCCUUUGUCGCGGAACCCAAAAAACGGGCCAUGUAUACUGGCUUCGUCGGGGUGUCUUAUGGCAUUGCCUCUGUGAUCGGCCCCCUGAUAGGGGGAAUCUUUGCAGACAAAGUAUCAUGGCGCUGGCUUCAUCAUAUUCCUCUUUUUCACACUCCUGAUACCGCUAAACCCGUCAUGGCGACCUGGAAGGAAAGGUUCUUGCAAAUGGAUCCUGUCGGUACUGCUAUGAUGAUGGGUGCGAUCGUGGCAUACCUCCUAGCCAUGCAAUCUGGCGGACAGACCAAGCCAUGGAACAGCAGUGAGGUGAUUGGUCUCCUAGUUGGCUGUGUUGCCAUCUUGAUCGCUUUUGUUUUCUGGGAGACUUUCCAGGGCGAGCGAGCCAUGGUAGUCCCACGCCUCUUCAAGAAACUCAACGUCGGAACGAGCUGCAUUUUCACAUUCUUCUUUUCCGGUUCCUACUUUCUCGUCAUAUAUUACCUACCCAUCUACUUCCAGAGCAUUCAUGACGCUAGCCCCACUAUGUCAGGUGUGUACAACCUCCCGCUCAUCUUGGCCGUCACUAUCACCAUGAUUUCUUCUGGUAUAUUCAUUUCAGGGGUCGGUUUUGUUGAUUUUGUAAUGGUCCUCGGCUCUUUGAUUGCAAUUAUCGCGGCCGGAUUGCUCUCCACCUUUGACAUCGGCACUGCCCCAGCAAAAUGGAUUGGCUAUCAAAUUCUCGGCGGUAUCGGUUGGGGUAUGGCAUUCCAGGUUCCAAUCAUUGUUAGCCAAGGCAAUGCAGAUCCUAAGGAUAUGUCAUCGAUAACGGCUAUCGUCUUGUUCUUUAUGAAUGCCGGCGGCACUUCAUUUGUUUCGGCAGCACAAGCAGCAUUUGUCAACAGGAUGAUUACCACUCUACCUUCCACUGCUCCCAGCGUUAACCCAGCCGAAGUUAUUGCCACAGGGGCCACUCAGAUCCGAGCCGCCUUUUCGGCUACUGAGGUGCCUGGAAUUGUUGAGGCUUACACGGCUGGCAUCAAGCUAGCCUUGGCCAUCUCUAUUGGUGCGACGGGAGCGGCCUUCAUCGUUAGCGUGUUCGGGAGCGGCCUGCAUAGGCUUACUGCAAAGCUCAAAGAGGAAGCAGGUAAUGUUGUCUGA